AUGGAGUACCUGAUAGGGAUUGCCUUUAACGACUUUGCGAUAAUAGCUGCGGAUGCACGAGUCAGUCGCUCAAUCAUUGCAUUGAAAGAUGAUGCUGACAAAAUGUUCAAACUAAGCAAGCAUUGCCUAAUGGCUGUUUGUGGUGAACAUGGUGAUACCGUACAAUUUGCAGAGUUCAUUCAGCAAAACAUGCAGCUGUAUGAAAUCAGAAACGGUUAUGAACUAAGGCCGUAUGCAGCGGCUAGCUUCACCAGGAGGAAUUUGGCUGAAGCUCUUCGCAGCAGAAAUCCCUACAACGUCAAUCUUCUUCUUGCUGGUUAUGAUCCUGAUGCCGGCCCUAAAAUCUACUACAUGGACUAUUUAGCCUCCAUGGUGGACGUACCGUACGCUGUGCAUGGUCACGGUGGUUUCGUGACUCUUGCAGUCUUGGACAGUCAAUAUGAUCCUGCCAUGAAAAUUGACCACGCUCUCAUUCUUCUCAAAAACUGUAUCAGUGAGCUUCAAAAGCGCUUUAUUGUUAAUUACAACCGCUUCAUUGUUCGAGUUGUGAAUAAGGAAGGUAUUGAAACCCUACCCGAUUUGUUUUAA